UGGUCCAUUGGGCUAUAAGACCAAACCUAGUUAGCCAUAUAAAAACGCUGAUAGUUCACGUUAGAAGAACCCUAACCUGUGAAGAGAGCGAAGCACUGCAAAGCUAAGGAAGAGGCGCAGAUAUCGUUAUUACUAGCAAUCAUGGCAGAUGUUGAACCAGAGGUCGCACAAGGAGUUCCAAAGAAGAGAACAUUCAAGAAGUUCAGUUUCCGCGGAGUUGAUCUCGAUGCUCUCUUGGACAUGUCCACCGAUGAACUCGUCAAGCUCUUCUCUGCACGUGCACGUAGAAGGUUUCAACGUGGUUUGACCCGCAAACCUAUGGCACUCAUCAAGAAGCUUCGCAAGGCGAAACGUGAGGCCCCAGCUGGUGAAAAGCCGGAACCCGUGAGGACCCAUCUUCGUAACAUGAUCAUUGUGCCUGAGAUGAUCGGUAGCAUUAUUGGUGUCUACAAUGGGAAAACCUUCAAUCAAGUUGAGAUUAAACCCGAAAUGAUUGGUCACUACUUGGCUGAGUUCUCAAUCUCUUACAAGCCUGUUAAGCAUGGAAGGCCUGGUAUUGGUGCUACUCAUUCCUCAAGGUUUAUUCCUCUCAAGUGAAAAUUGUCACCAAUUCCCCACUCCCUUCGCAUUUACUUGAACUAUUGUUUGUUUUACUGGAACUAUUUUAAUAUUUGAUGUCUACUUUAUUGUUUUGACAUCUAGGAUAUCAUAUCAGAGUUUUGGUUUUGAAUUAUAUCUAUUAAUGAGCUUUAAAACUUCUAUUUUAUGGUUCA